GCUGUUGAAGUUCUCUGUCUCAUCAACAUGCUGUCGCUCAUUCUCCAGAGCCAAGAAGCUCUCUUGACACUGAUCUUGGGCAGCUCUUUGCUCUCAUGCUCAGUAUUGCUCUCUUUCGUCAAGAAGCAUGGCUUCACAUCAGCUCUACUGUACCCGUUCCGACAACUCAAACAAUGGCUGAAUGCCUAUCUCUUCAUCAUCGACGCUCCGAGAAUCAUUCAAGACGGCUAUGACAAGUCGCAUGGCAAAGUCUUUGUUGUUGACAGCCCUGACGUUCGCUACCACCUGGUCACAAACCCGAAGCUGAUCGAUGAGAUCGAUCGCGCUCCCAAUGAUGUCCUAUCGCUUCAAGCAGCUGCAAAAGUUUUGCUGCGACCCGAACACUCGAUGCACAACUUCAGUUGGUUUGAGAAGAGAGGUGUGGAUAGCGCACCUCUGCCUAAGACCGUACGAACCCUGCUCCGCAACGAACUGCCAUUCAUUCUGCCCAAGACCCGCGUUGCCAACUCUCAGAUCAUGGACGAAAUGCUUGGCGGGACCGGAAAGCGACCGCAUAUCUCCAAGGUCGUGCGCGAAUGCGUCGCACAGACAAACGCCAUUGCGUUCUUCGGCGAAGAACUUGCCAACGACAGAGACUUCAUGAUUGCAGCCGAGGAUUUCAUCGACAAGACGGUCUACAUUGCCGAAGCCGCACGGCUUCUCCCAGGUUUUGUCGGUACUGCUGUCGUUAAGUUCCUCGAAUCCCACUUCUCUUCUCAACACAUCAUCUUCAACGCACUCGAGCCUGUCGCUCAGCGUAGAAUUGAUGAGCAGGAGCUGGCCAGACAGGGACAGAUCGUACCGGAGCACAAAGACUGCAUCCAAUACAUCAUGGAGCAGACAAUGGAUUCGAAGCCAUCGCAAUGCGAGAUAACCGGACCCUGGGCUGCCGGACGUAUUGUACACGAGUUGAUGGCGCUCUGGUUUGGCGCGGUUCACACCAUGGCCAUGGCUACAACUUUUGCCAUCCGAGAUGUUUGCAUGCACCCCGAAUACCUCCAAGCACUUCGCGCUGAGAUCGAAAGUCCUGCAUACCUCAAGUGGGAAGCUACCGGCACUGGCAUGCCUCUUCUUGAUAGUUUUCUCAAAGAGUCCGCGCGCCUGAACCCCCUCGACAACGUGAGCACACGGCGCAAAGCACUCAAACCAUUCACAAUGUCCAAUGGUACGCGCGUCGAAACUGGAGAAUGGCUUGCCACACCACUUGCAGCGAUGCUCAAAGACUCGGCGAACUGGUCUGAACCAAACGAAUUUCAUGGCUUCCGACACGUCGCGCCUGCACAUCUCGCAUCCUUAGCUCGGCUGGAAGAGCUCAAAACCCACUACACCGUCUCCAAGUCCUGGUUCCAGAUUUUCCCCAAAUCAUGCAAACCACCUCAAGGAAUGCUGCUUCCACUCAUCUACCCCAACAAAACUGCCUGGGUCGCUUUCUUCAUCAUGAACGCCGCGGAAGUACAGUUGGAGAACGUGUAA